CCUAACAAUGACGUCUACAAGCGCGCCGGCAUGUUUGGGAAUACUUGACGAAAGAACUGUCGACACUGUUGGCGAUGCCGCCGCCACAGUCGUGGCGGCCAUCGCCAACUUGACCUCGGAGAUCUUCGUCGAGUCCUCAACGCUGCCCGGCCUGAGGCGAAACAUGUCCUCGAGACGUCAUCGCGUCCUCCACGCGUCUGCCCGCGUGCCGGUGGCCAUUCAGGUGCUGGACUUUCUCAACGCCGUCUACAUGCCAGCCGUCAUCUACCUGGGGCUCGUCGGAAACGUGCUCUCUUUGGUCACCUUCCUGUGCACCAAGCUUCGGAGUCGCACGUCCAGUCUUUACAUGGGGGCCCUGGCCGUGUCCGACUCGGGCUUUCUCAUCAUGCUGUCCUUCGCCUGGCUCAACGAACGCGGAAUCAACGCACACCCGUAUGGACUCUGUCUCGCCACCGUAUUCUUCACUUCGGCGUUUGCGAGCUGGUCGGUGUGGCUGACGGUCAGCUUCACGGCCGAGCGGUUCGUGGCCGUGCGCUACCCGCUUUGGAAGCUGCAGGCCAGCUCACCGAGCAGGCGGCCACGCCUCGUCAUCGGCGGCACUGCAGCACUCAGCGUCGUGGUCAACGCUCCCUUGUUGGUGUUCGUGCGAGUCGGCCCGAACGAGCUGCACGACUGCAGCAUUCGCCCCGAAUACGAGAGUGCACUCUACUACCUGAACAUUCUGGACACGGUGCUUACCUUCAUCGUACCUUUCCUGCUGAUUGCGUUCAUGAAUUUCAUGAUUUGCCGCGCCAUCUACCUAUUCUACGCUCGCUACAGGAAGCAGCGCUGCAUCCCCUUAUGCCAGAUGCACUCCAAAGACUUUAGCGCUUCUUCACCCAGCAGACGCAACGGGGAAUCGUUGGUCUCUCAGGACGGCACGAUCACCGCGACCAGCGGCGGUGGUAUCGCUCACGCAACUCAGAUCAGCGUCACGCGCAUGCUCCUGCUCGUGUCUUCGGUUUUCAUACUGCUCAACCUGCCGAGCUACGUCAUGAGGAUUUACGUCUUCCUGCUGGCACUGGGACACUCAGAGCUCCCUGACCCUGAGCACAACAGUCUGCCUUACGUGCUGCAGCGCUAUUUCAUGCUCCUCUACUACACCAACUUCGCCAUCAACUUCGUCCUCUACAACGCCAGCUCUCGAAUGUUCCGCAUCACGCUGUGCGAAUACGUGCAGGGCCGAUGGUUGGCGCUGCGCGAUUCCAUAGCAGGCAAUCGGUCGAGCUUCGGCCGCUCCUCCACGAGCCAGAAAGAAGACAUCAUCAUUUGAACAUUCCAGCGUCCAUGCGCUGGGACGAUGCAGUGAUCCAACGUACGGCAUAGCGUGAAGCCUGGCCGCCUCGUUGAAGACUUUUGCUCAUUCGUGCGACGCCAGCCCCGUGAUAAUGUGUCGCGAUGGUGACCUGCCGACAAUGGUUUAUUUUUUUCUAAGGAAAGAUAGAACAGCAGCAAUCUGUUCAAGAGCCUUAAGAUUCUAGAGAGUUUUUCCCACUCUUCCAUGCUCACGUGUGGUUUUGUCGAAGCCUCCGAGACGCCCUCUGCACGGAACGGACAUCUGCCGGGGACCACUAAAGUGUCAUUCGUCAUUACUACUGUAAUCAGGAGCGAGCGCCUCCCGGUAGUGCUUAAGCAACAUUGUGUGAACUGUCAUCAUAGCUAGAUUUGGCGAUUGCUUAAUAUAGGAACGUUCACGCGAUCGAAAGAACUCAUUGUAAAGUGCCAAAACAGUAUUGAGGAAAUGCCACUCAGAAUGCUGCAAUGACGCAUAGCUAGGAGUGUGGCAGGACAUCGUUGAACUCUGUUGUGAGCCUGACGAAGUGGUCGUCCAGGCCUAUGCUGGUGCUCUCAUGUGCGAUCGUGGGCAACAUCAUCAGUAUGUUUUUUUUUCGCUACGAAGAGUUAUUUACAAAUGGAAGGAUUGCCUCAUUCAUGAUUUGAAGCUUAGAACCUAUGGGUGGAUGUCCAAGAUACAAAGGUCGUUGCUGAAAAAAAAACAUUGCUUUUAAGCUUCCUUAUUCUUGUGAUAUCUAAGAAUGAAAUGCUUCGUUCUGUACAGUAAUAACCAGUGAUUCUUGCGAGCUUUUACCUUACAUAAUCUUUGUGUAGUUACAUCGUAUAAACAGGUUGAUCUCAUCCCUAAAGUCCACUGGCACGGAUAUUUUGCUAGAAAUAAGAAUGCGGUAUAUAGAGAUGAUGCGUGAAUGGGCGCGGUAGUGUUCACAUAAAGGAAGGAACAGGGUGCCUUAGAGGAACGUCACUUCAGCCUUCUAUUGUGAUAGCAAUUAGACGAACACUCCAGGCGCCAUUCUUCCCUCGUCGUCGGCGUCGCCAUCACCGUGAAGUUCCAUAUAAAAUACAAUGGCGAUAACAUCGUUGCCGCGCGCCGUAUCCCGUAUGUGCGAGUGCAAGCGCGCGAGGCUGACCCGACGACGCUGGCUCAAUCCGCGUGCGCAAGGGAGGAAUGCGAGGAGGAGGCGCGCUGUCUUCCGUCGCGCGCAACCUCCCGGAGGAGGGGACGGAGGGAGACGUUCUAUUCGGCGGCGAGUGCGUAUGGCGCCACGGUGCGGGCCCUGUCUUCAAAGCGAUUCGUGAAGGGGGCGUAGUGCGCCGAGUGCUGACAGCUUCGUGUGCUCUGUGUUCUCGCCACUUAGGUCGUGUCGAAGCGAGACGAAGCACGAAGGUCAAUUUGCUCGUUGCUGCUACUGUACUUUCUCGCUGCAGCGUUUCAACAGCGGAAGUGCACCAUCAUCGUGUGAGAUUCCUUGAUGUUUGCUUGUGCGCGUGUGACACCGUGCUUGUUAAUUUUCUUGAUAAGCCAAUGUUUACAAGUUUACGCGACGGAUAAAACUGCUAUUAGUACUUCGUAUGCCUGCCUACUAAUUUCCUGUCAUCAUCGAUGCUUAACCUAUAGGGCGAAACUGAACUUUUUUUUCGUACAUAAAUUAAACCUAGGGCGCUAUAACGUAAAACUAUUCCAAACUUUUCUAUUCCAAUUCUGCUAUCAGCCCUCCGCGAUUGGUCAAAAACUUUUUUUCGACCACGCCCACUUCACCUGUCUGUCACGCGACGUCACGAAAACCGUGAUACCUCUCCAUCUGAUAUGUUUACACACUGAUUAUGCAUGAUUUGACAGAAAAAAGAAAAACAGUUAUUUCUGAUUCGACCCAUUUUCGCCAUUAGCCCUCGGCUAUUGGUAAAUGUUUUCGGGCUGCACCCACUUCACCUGCCUGUCAGGCGACGUCACAAAACCGCACAAACUCACUGCGUCAAAGUGACGUGUACGCGAUAAAGAUGCAUUAAUAUGCCGAACAAAACUGAAAUUUCUUCGGAAUAGCCGCAGGCUGCCCCGUUCCGAAAGGAAUAAAAGAAAGAUGGCUGCCGCCGAUUGCUGAGACGCUAGCUACAUGCACCUGCCGGAGAGCAUGGGUGUAUUUGCGUUUAAUAAAACUUCUUGCGGGGCCAUGCAAGGUUUUUGAGCCCUUUCGACACGUUUACCACCUCAUCCUGCCAACUCUUCCUUGCUGAAGGUCAGUUUUAGCGUCAUUCUUAAGCUUCCGUUGCAUGCCGCCGUGAUUUUCGACCAGCCACUACAAGCUAAGUAAGGGAAAGCCGACCAAUCUCACACGCCGGCACCACCCUCUUCAUCCGGUUAUCGAUUUUCAGUGCACUGGCUCUGCCCCAGUGAAUCCCUCUGCACUUGAGCUUUCUCCUCGCCUCUUUUCUGCCAAUUAGAUACGACAAGCCGCUCAGUUUAGACAACGUUAUUCGUUUUUCAAGCAAACAAAGGUGACCUCCUAUGAGCGAGCAGAGCGUUUGAUUUGUCUGUUCAGACAACUCUGGGGGUGACCGCCCGGUGCUUGCGUCGGUGGUUACGCAAAUUUGACGUCAGGAGAUUGGAAUAAAAACAUAUUGGAAUAGUUUUACGUUAUAGGGCCCCUACAUUUGAAGCACAGCUUUCAGGUUAUAUGUGCGUUGAGCGUUACCUUCCUGAUGGUACUCGUGAUCGCGCAUUUUCGAUUGGUAAUUUUCAGCAUGUAGGGCUCUUACUUACUCAAAACAAACUAAGAAAAUAGCACUCGCUGUUUGCUAAACAUAUCAAGUGAGACAGCCGUGAAAGAUAUCACAGUGCCAAGAUGCUGCAGACAUUGUUGAUGCCGCAGAAUAAUUUACAGGUUGUCAUGUGACUAGUUUAUCCCAUAUGUUCCCGACAGCAGCGCACAAACAUGGCACAUGCCCGUAUCAUUUUCCCAACGGAUGGAAUUUACACUCAUAUGUAUGAAUGAGAUGACGAUAGCCCAAUGACAGUUUGUGGUCGCGCUGCUUUAGCGAAAACUACUCUCGUCCUUGAGUAUAUUUGAGGUGUUGUUUAAAUGAAACUGCUCACUUUUCUACCCAUUUCUAACACAUGAUGGUGCUGUUCAUUUGACGUGUGCUUUAUUUUACAGCUUCGUACAGUCAUGCUAAAACUCGCAGCUGAUUCUUCAGGCGCGUCAUACUUCGAGCAAUGAAUAUAAAAAAAUUGCGACGUGAACAAAGAAACGCCCUGCUCUGAAUUACGUAAUACUGUAAGUUCAUAUCUGGCUCUGGCGAAGACACCAUUUAAAUUCCAUGUUUUGCUUGUUAGGUGACAUGCCAAACCGCUUUCUCAUUGUGUCUCUAUAUUUUAGUGGCAAUAAGAAGAAAAUGUGGACACUCCUUUCUGAGGUUUUAAUACGUAAUCAUUGGGUGAGUUUAUUGGGUAUCAUGUAAGGACCACAAACACUUUUCACGUGCUACUUUAGGGUACCACAUAAGACAUUUUUUUAUGUUGUCAAGAAUUCAUGACGCACCGCAUCCCAACAUUACACUGAGGUCAGAAGACCAGGCGUUGUUUCGGACCGUUCACGACCAUGCGGGGAACGAGGGUAGCAAUGUGGGCUUGUUGGUAAUGCAUCUUCAAGGGGAGUAUGGUAGCGCGAUUCAAAGAGGGGACAAGAGAAGACACAAAGGGACACACACAGCGCUAACUUCCAACACUGUUUAUUGUCGAAAACCAGGUCGUACUUAUACAC